AUGUAUUGGACUUGGACUGUUCCUCAAUUAAAAGCAGAAUUGAAGACUCGGGGCGGUUCUUUAAAAGGCAGAAAGGCAAAUCUUGUCACGAGGCUUCAAUAUGAAGUGAACAUUAAGAUACAUGCUAGAGGAUCAAUAGAGGAAUCUCAAUGUGAAUGUGUGGCAGGUAGUGGUACAAAUGCCCAUUGCAAGCAUGUGGCUACUGUGCUCUAUGCCAUAGAGCAUAUGGUGCGUGAAAAAAUUAUAAUUAAACAUCAAGUGCCAACAGAAAAAUUGCAAAAGUUUCAUGUGCCACAGAAAGUUUUCACUGCAUCUCCUAUGAUAACUUCAAAACUUCCCAUGAAAAGAAAUGUGGAAAAUACAAUAUUUUCCCCAUGCUCUAUGCUAGUGGACAAAGAAGAAUAUAAGAAAAGAUUUAGAAGUUUGAUCCUAAAUUACCCAUCAAAAAUGCCAAUUAAACACUUGUAUGAGCUAGCAAAUCCCUAUGCGGUGGAAUGGGAUCAUACUUAUUGUAAGGAAAAUGCUGAAAGCAACCUUUUAAAUAUGUUUAAUUUAAUAUGCAUCACCCCUGAAAAGGUUGCCCAAAUAGAGCAUGAGACAUGCACACAAUUUUUAAAUAAAAAUUGGUAUGACUACCGGAUGGUACGCUUAACAGCUUCAAAAUUCCAUACAAUUUGUAGUCUAAGAGCAAAAAGUCAAGAAAAUUAUGCGAAACAGCUGCUCAUUCAAAGGUCAUUUUCUUCAAGACCCACUAAUCAUGGUAUAAUAAAUGAGCCUGUUGCACUCCAGCAGUAUAUGGAGCAGACCGGACUGCAAGUAAAAUAG